CUGAGGCUGGCUUGGUUGAGCUGCUAUGUGGGACGACUGGCCAGGAGGGGGGAGCCAUCGCUCUGAUACAACAAGCUGAUUGUUCCCGGCUUCUUGAGUCGUGCAGUGGAGAGCCAACGCAAGGCAAAUAUUCUCUCGCAGCAGCCAGCCUGUGAACAGAGGUACUAUUGACUUCCAGUCGCUGCAUUACCCAAGCAGCAUUCCAGUCACUGCAUUACCCAAGCAGCAUUCCAGUCACUGGAGGAAGGACCGGGCAGCAGCUUGGAAAGUUAACGUCGCCCAUCUUUACUAAUGCUCACAAAGGUGUGAAGCAUCUUGGGUGCCUAUUACUUUCAUCCGGUCCACACACUCUAGUCAGGAGUGAAUAGCCUCUUUGGAUGCAGAUUGUCUGGUUACUUUUGUGCCUUGGCCUGGCUUUGGCAUCUGCUGUGAAGCAGACAGACCAGGUGGCUCAGCAUGCCAACAGGCAAUAUCGCAGAAGUGUGGCCACACAGGGAAAAACCUGGUUGGCCAAUAACUGCAGGUGGCUGGGUAACCUCCUACGCCGAAAGAACGUCGUCAUCAGUAAGCUGGCAGAUGCUGCGGCUGCUGUUAAGAGAGACCAAACACUUUCAGAACCUGAGCGUCACUUUCAGGUGCACACAAUACAGGUUUUUCAGAAGGAGUUGAAUGAGAGUGAGCACAUGGUAUUCCAGGCGGUGCGCAGUCUGCAGAGGGCACUGCAGGGAGACUACAGGGAUGUGGUCAACAUGAAGGAGAGCAGCAAACAGAGGUUGGAGGCUCUCAGGGAGGCGGCCAUACAGGAGGAGCAGGAGUAUGUUGAACUGUUGGCUGCAGAGAAGCACCAGCAGGAGGCUGUAAAGAGUGUCCUUGCCCGUAAUAAGACUCUGUCUAUGGUCGACGAGAUCCUGGAGGAUGUCAGGAAGGCAGCAGACAGACUAGAAGAAGAGAUUGAGGAACAUGCCUUUGACAACAACAAGCAGAUGCAAGGAGUUAAUGUAGAAGCAGUGCUGAGAGUGGAGGAUGAUGAGGAGAAUGUAGGCAAGAGAAAGAACAAAUCUGCUCAGAGGGAAGCAGAAGCCGACCUGGGCCUGAGCAUGCUCAUUGACUCUCAAAACAACCAGUAUGUGCUGACCAAACCCAGGGAUUCCACAAUGCCAAGAGCAGACCAUCAUUUUAUCAAGGAUUUGGUCUCUGUGGUAAUGUUGUCACUACCCUGUGGCUGGAUGUGCACUAUGGUGGGUCUUCCUCCCAUGUUUGGAUACAUCAUCUGUGGGGUCCUGCUUGGACCAUCUGGACUGAACAGCAUCAAGUCUAUGGUCCAAGUAGAGACACUAGGAGAACUGGGGGUGUUCUUUACCCUCUUUGUGGUGGGACUGGAGUUCUCCCCUGAGCGCCUUCGUAAGGUAUGGAAGACAUCAGUGCAGGGUUCCUGCUACCUGUGUCUGCUCAUGGUUGUUAGCGGACUGUUAUGGGGACAAGCGCUGCACAUUAAACCCAUACAGACUGUCUUCAUAUCCACGUGUCUCUCACUGUCCAGCACCCCAUUGGUGUCCCGUUUCUUAGCAGGUGGUAGCAGAGGGGAGAAGGAAGGUGACCUUGACUACAGCAGUGUACUGCUCGGGACGUUAGUGAUGCAAGACGUUCAGCUCGGCCUAUUCAUUGCUGUCAUGCCCACUAUGAUCCAGGCUCAAAGUGGAGACACACACAGCUUCCUAUUUGGAAGUCUCCAUGUACUGUACCUCCUGGCGCAGGUCCUGGUGUCUCUGGCUGUCGUGAUGCUUCUCUGUGUGUUGCUCAAAUCGUUUGUAGUUGGUGCCUUUUACAAGAAACUACAUACUGAGAGCAAAGGCAACAAGGAGAUCCUGGUGCUGGGGAUAGCAGCUUUUGUUUUUUUCAUGCUCACGGUUACAGAGUUUCUGAAUGUUUCAAUGGAGUUAGGCUGUUUCCUGGCUGGAGCUUUGCUGUCCUCCCAAGGUCACAUGGUCACCGCAGAGGUCAAAGGAUGCUUUGAGCCAAUUCAAGAUUUCCUCGUCAUCAUCUUCUUUGCCUCUAUUGGUCUCCAUGUGUUCCCUACAUUUGUACUGUAUGAACUCACCAUUCUGGGGGCACUCACACUCACACUUGUCAUCUUGAAGUUCCUGAUGGCCGUGCUGGUGCUGUAUGUGAUCUUGCCGCCCAGCUCUCGUCACAUUCGCUGGAUAGUCUCAGCUGGACUGGCACAGGUCAGCGAGUUCUCCUUCGUCCUCAGCAGCCGCGCGCGUCGUGCCGGCAUCAUCUCUAGAGAGGUGUACCUGCUGGUUCUCAGUGUCAGCACCCUCAGCAUGCUGCUGGCACCAGUCCUGUGGAAAGUGACUACACACAAAUGGGUGUCACGAAGAACUGUCACAUGACCAGGCUCGGUUUCAGGACAAGACGUUACUGGGAGGUGGGAAAUCCGGCAGCAUUAACACAAUUUGAAUUAUUCAUUUGGCAGCACAGCAGAGAGUGAAAUGUUGUCAUAUGAUCCCAUCAAGUGGGGGCUGUCCAAAAGAAAUUUUUUGCUGAUGUUGCUCUAAGAUAUGUUUAUAACCUCACUUUCCAAAUUACUACAAAUUUCUUCCAUUAUGCUCCUCUUCUAUUAUUAGUGUUAUACUGCAAAAGUAGCUGUAAUGGCACAUUGGGGUAUUACCCAAAACAGCCACCUCCUCUUUUACAAUGAGAGUAAACAACAUUAUAUGCUACUUUUGUAGUUUUUGUUGGACCAAUAAUACAUUGAUACAGUUGCAAAAACAUGUAUGUUGAUGCUUUAGAAUUACCUGGAUUUCUGCAUGAUCUGAUCUUCAUCUAAGUCACAACAGUAGAGAUUAUUGUAAACUAAUACCAGACAAACUAAUUCUAUGUUUUGAAUGAACACAAAAACAGUGAAGUAUGUGUGUUUGAACCUUUGGAUUUAAUAAUUGACUGGGAAAAAAAUAAUAACUCGCUGAGUCUUUGACAAUAACAACCUAAACCAAAUAUUUCCUGCAGUUGGAAAUCAGAGUUGCACAUCUCACAGAAGGAAUUUUGGACCUUUCCUCUUGACAAAAGUGUUUCAAUUCAGCAAUACCCUAUUCCCGUGGUGUGCUGUGCCUUUUUGUCAUCCACACUUAGUGUGUUCCUGCCAACCAAUUUGACUUUGGUUUCAUUUGUCCAUGCAAGUUUGCCAGUAGUGCUGUGAAACUUCCAGGCGCUAUUUUGCAAUCUUCAAACCUGUAUCAGUGUAUUUUUUGUUUGUUUUUUUCACAGCAGUUGCUUACUCCGUGGUGUGCUCCAACAUCCAUUCUUGUUUGUUGUUUUACUUAUCAUAGAUUUGUCAACGAAGAUAAGAGCUAGAGAUUUGUAAAAUUCUUUAGUCGACACCUUAGGAUUCUGCGCUGUUCUUGCUUUCGAGAUCUCGCUGUGCUCUUUAUAGGACAGACACUUCUCGGGAGAGCGGCAAGAGUGCUGAACUUGCUCCAUGUUCUUCCAGCUUCAUGCAAGUCAACAAUUCUUAAUUGUAGUUAUUCUGAGAGCUCUUUUGUGGGAAGCAUGGUUCACAUCAGCAAAGGCUUCUUGAGAAAAGAAAUACUAUUGUGUGUUUACUGGGCAAGGAAGCUUUCGAUAGAUAGCUAAUGUGGUGGAUUUCCUGGUCUGUGAUAGAUAGCUAAUGUGGUGGAUUCCCAGGUCUGUGAUAGAUAGCUAAUGUGGUGGAUUUCCUGGUCUGUGAAACACCCUCAUCUGGAUGAGUGGCGCUUCCGUUGAGCAAGAGCAAAGAAUACCUCGAGACACAGGCAUUUGGGAUAAGUUAAAGUUAGGUUUAUUGAAAAGGCUUGGUGUCAUAACCGCAGUUUUCAAAGUCAAAUUAGCUAAAGCCUGCCCGAUAUUCUCAGUCACACGCUUAUAAAGUCUCGCAUCUGUGGGCGUACUCUUAAGGACUUCCCCUAGGCCCGAUUGGCUCACUGAGUGGGUUUGAAUAGCAAGCUCCUCCCCUUACCUAUAGUUGGUGUCAGUUUUGUCCACAAGGUGGCUCUCUUUCUGUCCAUGAAUGAACCGAACGCAAGAGACUGGUUUUGAACCACCAAAUGAUGAUAGUAAUCAUUGAUAUUACAAUGGCAGUCCCCUUUUAUGGCUCACCUCCUAGCUUACCCAGAGGAUGUAUUGUCCUGUAAAUAGCAGGGGGGAGAACCUGCUGGGUAAGCAAAAUGUUCCCAGAAAGCAAUUACUCUCUUUGAAGUAGAUAGUUCAAAGGCCCCAUGGUUAACGCAGUCACUCUUUACACGCAAUUUACUGUAGUGUGAGGAUGUAUGAAAUAAAUUGCUAUUAAAAUACACUACAAUCGAUAGAUAAUCUUUGAGGAAACCAACAACUUUAACAAACAUGUCCACUUUCAUCACAUUGAUUGAACUCUUAAGGUUGGCUAACUUCUGACUGAUUAGGUCUUGGUGAAGUAAUAAUCGCAUACUUUUACAUGUUGUGUCCAAUACAAACAUGGAAACAUAAUUGUGUGGUUAGUUUUUUUCCUGACUGUGUAUUGUUGGGACUUCCAGUUGAUGUCACCUUUUUUUAAACCAAUUUAUGCAGGAUUCCGGUGGCCUGGUGACCGACUGGUUAGCACAUCUGCCUCACGGUUCUGAGGACCUGGGUUCAAAUCCGGCCUCGCCUGUGUGGAGUUUGCAUGUUCUCCACGUGCCUGCGUGGGUUUUCUCUGGGUACGCUGAAUGGUUGUUUGUUGAUAUGUGCCCUGCGAUUGGCUGGCGACCAGUUCAGGGUGUACCCCGCCUCUUACCCAAAGAUAGCUGGGCUAGGCUCCAGCACGCCAGCGAACCUAGUGAGGAUGAGCGCUACGGAAAAUGAAUGAAUGCAGGAUUCCAGGUAAUUCCAAAGGGUUCACAUACUUUUUCUUGCAACUGUUGUUAUUGUAAAUAGAAAAUAAAUUAUGUUAUUGCACUAGUUACCAUUGCAAGUUAAUGUGCCUAUACAACUUACUGCUCUGCUCAGCUCUUCUAUGUAUGCUUUGGACAUCUCUAUGUACUGUAUGUAAUGAACGUGCUGUUUCUUGAUGUACUGUACAUACUGUACAAAUUACUGUUGAUGACCUUUCAAUGGAAAAAGAUACUUUUUGGUUUUGUCAUUUGUUUAUUUAUUAAAUAGAUGGAAAAGCAA